AUGGGCGAGGAGAGAAAGCGAUACGGGCUGCUCGACGGAGAUCCUGCUAUUACGAGAUUGCAGCUGCAGCACCGUAUCUGGCAGCGGACACUGCCCGACCGCAUUACUCUCGCACCUAUUCCAGCGUCUGAAGCCGGGAAAGUGAGAGAUGUCAUCGAUCUCGGCUGUGGCACCGGCGCAUGGGCCCUCGAGUUCGCAGCUGCAUAUCCCAGCGUACAUGUCCGCGGCGUCGACCUCAAGCCUCUGCAGCCGACCUCCCACCCUUCAAACGUCGAAUUCCUGGUGGACGACAUCACGUACGACUCCGCCUGGGCCAGUCCUUCGGCCGCAGCGCAACAAUACGACCUCAUCCACUCCCGCAGCAUGUCAUCCGGCAUCAAAUCCUGGCCCGCUCUCAUCUCCAAAUGCUGGGAACAUCUCCGCCCGGGUGGGUGGUUGGAAUUCCAGGAGUUCCAUCUGCCAAUGCGGUGUGAUGACGACUCGAUGGCUGGGACGGCUUUUGAGCGGUGGAAUCAGUUGCUGGUCGAAGCGAGUGGGAAGGUAGGUGUGAAACUGGAUGGAGGGUUCGCUGAAGUUCCUCGCCUGCUUCAAGGUGCUGGUUUUGCAGGUAUGGGACGGAAAGCGCUGAAGUGGCCGGUUGGGCCUUGGCCAAAGGACGACAGGAUGAAGGAGGUUGGGCGGAUGUUUCGAGCGGACCUGUCAGUUGUCCUAGAAGGCGUAAGUAUUGGCCUCUUCACCAAGGCGCUCGGCUGGGAGCCGGAAGCUGUUCGGGAGCUGUGGAAGGAAGUCGAGGGAGAGAUGGCGAUGGCGAAGAUGCAUGCCUACGUUUCGAUAGACAUUGUUUGGGCGCAGAAGCCGGAUGGCGCUGUCGGCUAG